CUUUGGCUGUCCAGUCAUUUCAGCGCCUGAAACAUUCAGCUAUCUUAGAAGCCUGAACAAAUUCUUAAUUACUUAAUUCAGAAUAAAGUACAGCAGUCGAAGCUGGUCUAACUACAUCUGAAUGGACUGCAGUUCUUAACUUCAACAAACAAAGAUGCGUCAGUUUGUGUGGGUGCUGGUGAGCCUCUUGAGUGUGUGCAGCGCUCUCCUCUGUCCUGAUGGAGGAAUGUGUGAUGAUGGAAACACCUGCUGCCAGACUCCAUCGGGAGGGUAUGGAUGCUGCCCACUCCCUAAUGCCGAGUGCUGUUCAGAUCAUUUACACUGCUGUUAUGAGGGAACAUUGUGUGACCUGGAGCAUGCGAAAUGUGUAAACAAGACACACACUCUAAAUAUGGUGAGGAGAGUUGCUGCCAAACAGUCCAGCCUACCUCAGGCAGUGGUGUGUCCUGACCAGGAGUCUGAAUGUCCUGAUGAAACCACCUGCUGCCAGAUGCCUGAUGGAAGCUGGGGCUGCUGCCCAAUGCCUGAUGCGGUGUGUUGUGAAGAUAAGAUGCACUGCUGCCCUCAAGGCACAAAAUGUGACCUAGCUCACUCAAAGUGCAUGCCAUCCAUGCACAGCUCCAUACCGCUAUUAAAGAAAUUUCCUGCCAAUCGCAAAGCACCAGAGGCGAACGGAGCAGAUGUAAGCGCAGAGCAGAGAUCUCUAAAAUUUCCAGACAGUAAUGACGUGGUGUGUUCAGACAAAAAAUCCACAUGCCCAGAUGAUACAACCUGCUGCAAACUAGGAAAUGGGAGCUAUGGCUGCUGUCCAUUGCCAAAUGCUGUCUGUUGCUCUGAUCUCGUGCACUGCUGUCCAGAGGGGACGACCUGUGACCUAGUCCACAGCACGUGUGUCGUAGCCAGUGAGAGCAGCACAAAGGCUAUUAAGAUCCAGUCAAUUCAGCAGCUGAAAAUGAAAGAUCCAGUGCCCUGUAAUGAGACCGUGUCUUGUGAGAGUGGUUCCACUUGCUGUAAGAAACAGGAUGGCAAUUGGGGCUGCUGUCCACUGCUUAAGGCUGUGUGUUGUGAGGAUCAUCUCCACUGCUGCCCUCAUGACACUAUAUGUAAUGUGGCAGCUGGUACAUGUGACAGUGCCACUGAUACAGGUUCUCACCUGGCAGUGCCCUGGAUGAGCAAAAAGCCUGCAGUUGCCAUGGCUGCACAGAAUGAUCGCUGUGACGAGACCUCAGUGUGUCCAGUGGGCACAACCUGCUGUAAACAGAAAUCAGGAGCCUGGGCCUGUUGCCCACUGCCAAAGGCCGUUUGCUGUGAUGAUCAUGAGCACUGCUGUCCUCAAGGCUACAAGUGUGACAUUGCUCAAGAGUCCUGCGAUCACUCCACACUUCCCAGCAUACCCUGGGUCAAAAAGAACCCUGCGCUGAAAACCAUCCCCAGCUCUGACACUGAUGCUAACGAUGUUAAUAGCGAGUCAGCCCUGAAGCACGAUCAGAAGUGUGACGAGCACACCAGCUGCCCAAGAGGAAGCACCUGCUGCUUUAUGAAAAAUUUCCGGAAGUGGGGUUGCUGCCCUCUGCCACAGGCGGUGUGUUGUGAGAACGGGGAGCACUGCUGUCCUAAAGGCUACAACUGCGAUAAGGACAAUGCUUUCUGCGUCAAAGGCAAACAUCAAAUUCCAUGGUUCAAGAAACAACCAGCUCAUGUCACUAAGGGCACAGAGGUCAUGAACGCUGUUGGAAAUGUGAAAUGUGAUGAAACCACCACCUGUGCUGCCGGCUCUACCUGUUGCAAAUUACUCACAGGACAGUGGGGCUGCUGCCCACUCAUCAAGGCGGUGUGUUGUGAUGAUCAUAUACACUGCUGUCCUGAAGGCUACACCUGCGACCUGAAGGGUGGAACCUGCAAUAAGCCUUCCAGCACACACACUGUGGCACUCGCACUCGUACACACACACUCUGGAGAUGAGGAGGUGAGGUGUGAUGAAACAAGCCAUUGUUCCAGCACUGAGACCUGCUGUAGAUUAUCUGUGAAUGAAUGGGCCUGCUGUCCACUUAAGCAGGCGGUGUGCUGUAAGGACAUGAAACACUGUUGCCCUAUGGGAUACACUUGUGACUCAGAGAGAGGUUGCAUUCAAAGGUCUCCACUCACCUGGUGGGAAAAUUCAUUAUAGGGGAAAUUUAGUUGUGGUUUAGUUACACCUGAUUUAAUAUUGAGAACAGAAACUAUGCAUAGUAGUUUUGCUUUUUUUUUUUUUACAUGAGUUUGUUUUAGGGCUGACCAAUCAGUAAAUCAUUCAUACUUAAAAAAAAAUAUAUAUAAAAAGAAACUGACAUUGGAACAGCAGCACACUGACUAAUUUAAUAGAAAAGCUAUAAUUGUGUCAAUCAAGUGCUUUUAAUGCAAUUUAGAAUCUGAAAUGCCGCAUGCUAGCAUUAAAUGGUUUGUUUAGGGCAUCUGGGUGACUUUUUUGUGUGUGUUUAAUAAGGUUUUAUAAAACUUUAACUUUUUUUUAAAACUAGAAGUAGUGUAAAAGCAGAAGUUUGUAGGACAUGGAUAAAUUGCAUGUGCUUGGGUAUGUCAUUUGUGACAUGUACGUUACUAUGUUGAAGAAAAAUAAGCAAUGACUAGUGUCCCUAAAAUUAUUCAAAAUCACUGGAACAGAACUGAAUGUAUCUUCUGGAACAUAAUUGAAUGUACAGUAUCUUACCUAAACUAUGAACAGAGACCUCUUUAACUUUUUCUCCUGAAAAAUCAAGAGCACAUUGAUAAUGCAAGUUUAAGUAAGCAGUUAACAUUGUUAACUUAUAGUACUUAUACUUAUAUACUCUGGAUAUGAUAUGUACUUUUGUGGGCUUUUUUCUGGAUGAACACAAUUAAAACACCCAAUCAUUUUUAAAAGAAUGGUAAUUGGAGUGUACAGAUGUGUUUGGGCUCAUUCAUUUUGUACAAUCCAACCCCUGGAAGGUUUUUGUUUAUUAAUAAGGUAAAUUAAGUGUUUUAUUUUAAGCUCCAACACUGACACUCCAACAGUUCCAGUAGGGAUAUAAAGAAGGAUUUAAAUGACAUGAAAUUGUUAAAAUGUAGCUACCUGAAGUUUUCCAGUCGUUUUACUUUGCUGAAUCGCUGAAUGUGCAGAUGAUUUAAGGAACCGAUUGCAAAUUCAUUUUUAAUUUAAUUUUUCAAAAUGAACAUGUUUCUAUUUUUUAGCAUUUUGCUUGUAGUGAUGGUGUUUAUGAUGAUGAUGAUGAUGAUGAUGUUUAUGAUCAGAGUGAUCACAUUUGAACAGGUGAAAAUAAAAGAAAAAAAUGAAAACA